AGAGCCAGACCGUGUAGUCCGGUUGCUUCCACUUGGAACUAAAUGUGGAACUAAAAGUUUGUUUAGUAGACAAUUAUUGUGUUUUUGGCCUUGAGUGGCCCAGUGGCAGAUUGCAGUUAGCUAGCCAGCGGUUAGCAUCAGAACUGAGACUUUUUACGUUCCAUUGCAUUGCUCACAAAUAACACUUCUCUUGCUUCCACGUCCCUGCAUGGAGCCUAACGGUCUUUGGACUUUCUCUUCCUCUGUUUGGAAAGAUAUUUAAUAUAGUGUUGAAUAUAUGCUACAUGUUACCAUACAUGCAUACAUACAUCUUUUAUUGUCUACUAAAUAUUUCUGUGUUAUUACAAUAGAACAUCAUAUGAUGUAUGUCAAUAAGAGGUGAAGUUCAUAAGAAGCACAUAAUGAUAUAGUAGUACAGUAUUAGGGUUAUAUUGAGGGUGCAAAUAUAUUUACAGUUGUACAGGAUUACAGCAGAUUAUAGCAGGGUGCAGCAUGGGCAGCAACACUGAUGGUGUAUACUGUGUAUACUGUGUAUACUGUGUAUGUAUAUGCAGGGUUGGGGGUGCUAGGUGGUGUUGGUCAUUCACGAGGAUGGUGGCAGACGGAAAGGAAGUGAGCUUGUGUUCCUGAUAGAUGGAAGUGGAAUAACGUGGAGGAUGAGUCGCUAUCAUGGAUCACGUCAGCCUGGCCUCUGGCAACAUGCAACAACAAUAAGAUGUCAGAUAUCAGUAACAGUCUGCUGCUGCAGCUCAGGCAAAGCAUGCUGGGAGAAGCGGUGGGGGGAAGCCCCUCCCUCCCCCCAGUGAGCGGGUGUCCUGAUUGGCCGGCGUGCGGCCCAGCUGAUGCUUCUGUCAGACAGAGCAGAGGAGGUGAUGGAGGCGACAGCGAUGGGGUCAUACGCCAGCGGUCCAACAUGGCGGCGGCAUCGUACGACCAACUACUGAGGCAGGUGGAGGUGCUGAAGAUGGAGAACUCCAACCUACGACAGGAGCUGCAGGACAACUCCAAUCACCUGAGCAAACUGGAGACAGAGGCAUCCAACAUGAAGGAAGUCCUGAAACAGCUACAGGGCACCAUAGAAGAAGAGUCUGGGGAGGCGUCUGGCUCUCAGCUGGAGCUCAUAGUGAGACUGAAAGAGAUGAGCCUGGACUCUGCAGGUUUUAUGGCCAGGCAGAGGCCUCCUGUGCUGCCCUCCUCCUCUUCCAGCCUGGCCUCUUCUGGUGGAGCGGCCGGAGGUUCUGCUGGUUCUGCUGGUUCUGCUGUGCUGGUUCCCAGGAGAGGGCUGCUGUGUGCAUCCAGAGACAGCCACGAGCGCUGCCUGGAGGAGCUGGAGAAGGAGAGAGCUCUGCUAUUGGCUGAGCUGGAGAAGGAAGAGAAGGAAAAGGGAUGGUACUACGCUCAACUGCUGAAUCUGACCAAGAGGAUUGACAGCCUCCCACUGACUGAAAAUUUCACGCUGCAGACGGACAUGAGUCGUCGUCAGCUGGAGUUUGAGGCUCGUCAGAUCCACUCGGCCAUGGAGGAGCAGUUGGGCUCCCGUCAGGACAUGGAGAGAAGAGCUGAGGCUCGCACGUCGCGUAUUCACCAGAUUGAGAAAGACAUCCAGAAACUGGGAGCUCGACUCCAGGUGGAGACGUCACAGGGCUCCAACGAUGGUGGUGUCCUGGGAGAUGCUCAGAACACCAGCACACGCUUGGACCACGAGCCGGCCAAUGAGACCCCCUACUCUGUGCCUCGGCGAAUCACCAGCCACUUGGGAACGAAGGUGGAGAUGGUGUACAGCCUUCUGUCCAUGCUGGGGACUCAUGACAAAGACGAUAUGUCCCGCACACUGCUUGCCAUGUCCAGCUCUCAGGACUCGUGUAUCGCCAUGCGCCAGUCGGGCUGUCUUCCAUUGCUCAUACAGCUCCUGCAUGGCAACGACAAGGAUUCCCUGUUGCUAGGUAACUCCCGCGGCAGCAAAGAGGCUCGUGCACGAGCAUCCGCGGCGCUGCACAAUAUCGUCCACAGUCAGCCGGAUGAUAAAAGGGGGCGGCGGGAGAUCCGAGUGCUCCACCUGCUGGAGCAAGUGCGUCAUUACUGCGAGGCCUGCUGGACCUGGCAGGAGAACCAUGAGAGGGGCGUGGACCAAGAAGACAACCCCAUGCCAUCGCCCGUCGACCACCAGAUCUGUCCCGCCGCAUGCGUCCUCAUGAAACUGUCCUUUGAUGAGGAACAUCGACACGCCAUGAACGAGCUCGGUGGUCUUCAGGCGGUGGCGGAGCUGCUGCAGGUGGACUGUGAGAUGUUGGGUCUCAGCGGGGAUCACUAUAGUGUCACACUGCGACGGUACGCCGGCAUGGCGCUCACCAACCUGACGUUUGGAGACGUGGCCAACAAGGCCACGCUGUGUUCCAUGAAGGGCUGCAUGCGGGCCAUGGUCACCCAGCUGAAGUCUGAGAGCGAAGACCUGCAACAGGUGAUUGCCAGUGUGCUGAGGAACUUGUCAUGGCGAGCGGAUGUGAACAGUAAGAAGACGCUGCGUGAGGUGGGCAGUGUGCGAGCGCUGAUGGGCUGCGCCCUGGAGGUUCAGAAGGAGUCCACGCUGAAGUCUGUACUGAGCGCUCUGUGGAAUCUGUCGGCGCACUGCACGGAGAACAAGGCGGACAUCUGUUCAGUGGACGGCGCUCUGGCCUUCCUGGUGGGAACGCUGACGCACCGCAGCCACACCAACACGUUGGCCAUAAUCGAGAGCGGGGGCGGCAUCCUGAGGAACGUCUCCAGCCUCAUCGCCACCAACGAGGUGUACAGGCACACCCUGCGAGAACACAGCUGCCUGCCCACGCUCCUGCAGCACCUCAAGUCCCACAGCCUGACCAUCGUGUCCAACGCCUGCGGAACGCUCUGGAACCUGUCAGCACGCGACGCCAAGGACCAGGAGGCCUUGUGGGAGCUGGGCGCUGUGGGCAUGCUGCGCAACCUUAUCCAUUCCCGACACAAGAUGAUAGCCAUGGGGAGCGCCGCUGCCCUGCGCAAUCUGAUGGCCAAUCGGCCAGCUCGCUACAAGGACGCCAGCGUGGUUUCACCGGGGGCGGGGGCUCCGUCACUGCACGCCCGCAAACAGAAGGCACUGUUCAAGGAGCUGGAUGCUCAGCAGCUGUCAGAGACCUUCGAUAACAUUGACAAUCUCAGCCCCAAGGCGGCACACAGGAAGGGGCGGGGCUGUAAUGGCAGCAGUGGCGGAGCGGUGAGUGCCCCACGCUCCUACACUAACACGCCGGUGCUAUCCAGUCCCAAAAACGCUGACGGCUCAAAGCGGAGCAGCGAUGACACAACGUAUGUACGGCCGGUCUUCUCGGUCAGCGUGCGAGCCUCCAGCGACAGCCUGAACAGCGUGACCAGCGCAGACGGCUACGGCAACCGCGGCAAGACAAAACCCUCUUCGGAACCGCUGUACUCGUCGGACGACAGCAGCGCCAACAGGUGCUGCGUUUACAGGAAGUACCCGGCUGACCUGGCGCUCAAGAUUCGCAGCGCUAACCACAUGGCGGACGAUGACGGCGCCGAGCUAGACACGCCCAUCAACUACAGUCUCAAGUACUCGGAUGAACAGCUGAAUUCAGGGCGCCAGAGUCCUAGCCACCGUGGCGGGCCCGAGGCCCAGGACGAUGACGAACAGGCGGGCAGGGCGAGGAUGAGAAGUGAUGGCACCGCAUCGGGAAGCAACAACACCCACAUGACGCCGCCACCACCCUCACGAUAUGUCGCGGCGACGUCCAACUAUGGCGCCGACUCCGCGUCCGAGCAGCCAAUUGACUACAGCUUGAAAUACGCCGAUGUCUCACGCAAGACUCUGUUUGAAGCCCAAGAUGCCGCCGACCCCGCCCUACCUCCACCUCCUGCUUCCUCUGCCAGUAAACCCCGCCCACCUUCUCAAGCCCCCAACCGCUCGUUGCCGAAGAGCAACCAGGAGUCCACACAGACUUACUGCGUGGAGGACACGCCCAUCUGUUUCUCUGGAGGAAGCUCGCUGUCCUCCUUGUCUCCUGAGGAAGAGGAGGAGGAUGCGGAUGAUACGGGGAGGAAGAGUGGAGGAGCAAACGCCACGCUGGGCGCUGGCGAGAAGGACGAGCAGCAGCAGCAGCGGCGGAUGCGUCCGCAGAAGGAAGUAGAGAGCCAGACGGCAUCUGAGGUUCCCGCCACACGAGGACGCCGUGGACACCACCAUCACCACGGGCACGGCCACCACCACCAUCCCCAUCAUCAUCAGCUAACUUCAUCGGGCGCCAGGACCCCCAAAAGCCCGCCGGAGCAACCGUACGCUCAGGAGACACCGCUUAUGUUCAGUCGCUGCACGUCGGUCAGCUCCCUGGACAGCUUCUCCACGUCGUCCAUCGCCAGCUCUGUGCGCUCCAGCGAGCCGUGUAGCGGCAUGCCCAGCGGCGUGAUCAGCCCCAGCGAUCUGCCUGACAGUCCCGGACAGACAAUGCCACCGAGCCGCGCCAAAACACCCCCAUUGGCGGCCCUGCCUCCUCCUCCGAGGAGCACGAAGGAGGAAAAGGCUGGCGACAAGGAGCCAGACGACGGCAGCGCUGACGUUCUACUGCACUUUGCUACGGAGAGCACGCCACAUGGCUUCUCCUACGCCUCCAGUUUGAGCGCGCUCAGUCUUGACGAGCCUUUCAUGGCAGCGCGUGUGAAGGAGGAGGACGAGGGCGGCAAGGACAUCAGGGAGGAGUCCGACGACGACGACGACGACGAUGAUACGCAGAUCCUGGAGGCAUGUAUUAAUAUGGCCAUGCCCAAAUCGUCACGGAAACCAAAGAAACCACCACAAGCUGCUCCACGCAAGCCCAGCCAGCUUCCCGUCUACAAGCUCCUCCCCCCUCCUGCUCGCAGCCAAUCACAGCAGAGGAAGGACCUGCUGGCAGUGGAGGAGGUGCCUCGUGUCUACUGUGUGGAGGGAACGCCGCUGAAUUUUUCCACCGCCACGUCACUCAGCGACCUUACCAUCGAUUCACCGCCCAACGAAGAGACCAACGCACCUUUGGCUCCGCCCACCACUUCCCAGACACGGCGCGCUGGAAUUCCCGAGGGCGAGAACGGCGACGACAUUCUGGCCGAGUGCAUCAGCGCGGCCAUGCCAAAAGCCAAACCGAGGAAGCCCAUCCGAGCCUCCUCCAACGGCGAGCCGGCCCAAACGCCGCCCAACCCGCCUCCUCUCCCUCCUCCAGCCCCGCCCCUCUUCAGCCCCCAGCAGCACAAGAAGAAGCCCACGUCACCGGUGAAGCCCAUGCCCCAACGUGUGGCGUACGCCAAAGUCAAGCCGGGCUUUGCUUUCGACUCGCCGCAUCACUACACGCCCAUCGAGGGCACGCCGUGUUGCUUCUCUCGCAAUGACUCGCUCAGCUCGCUGGACUUUGAUGAAGACGACAAGGACGAAGACAAGAAAAGGAAAGAGCAGGACAAAAAGAACAAGCAGCAGAUGGCAGCUGUCUUCCCUCAAAGCAAAGCUGCCGCCAACCCGCCCGCCAUGGAUGAGAAGCAGAAGUUUGCCAUCGAGGACACGCCCGUCUGCUUCUCCCGAAACUCCUCCCUCAGCUCCCUGAGCGACAUCGACCAAGAGAACAACAACACGCCCCAGCGACAAGGUGGAAACCAGGACGUGACAAGGGCUCCGCCUCUUCCUCAAGCCCCGGCAGAGGCCAAGACCCGGCCAGUGGCGGCUUGCGGCUACACCCCCAAAGCCUUCCACGUGGAGGACACGCCCGUUUGCUUCUCCAGGAACUCGUCUCUCAGCUCGCUCAGCAUCGACUCUGAGGAUGACUUGCUGCAGGAGUGCAUCAGCUCCGCUAUGCCCAAGAAGAAGAAGAAGGCCGCCGCUGUUGCUGCAGCGCCGCCUGCUGCAUCACCGCUUCCCGCUCCCAAAGCAGACCAGGACCUUCUAGCUCAAGAGGAAACUUCCCAGGUGCCGAGAAGCCCCGCCUCCCCGGACUCAGAGUCAUUCGAUUGGAAGGCAAUUCAAGAAGGUGCCAACUCCAUAGUUAGCAGCCUCAAUGCCGCCGCUGCCGCCGCCUCUUCCCUUUCCCGCCAAGCAUCAUCAGACUCUGACUCCGUGCUGUCACUCAAAUCUGUUGGUUCGCCCUUCCGCCUGCCACCCAGCAGAAACACUGCUGAGGAGGAGGGGGAGGAGCUGAAGAGAGGCGCCAAGAUUGUGAAGCCAUCGUCAGACACGAAGAAGAAGGAGGAAGACGAGGAGGGGAAGUCUGUUAGGGGCGGGAAGAAAGUUUACAGGAGUCCAAUCACUGGCAAACCCAGGGCAGAGCUCGCAGCCAGGGGGCGGAGCAAACCCAGAGCAGCUGUCAUUGCUAAAGCCCCAGGAAGUGGUGACGGCGCCGAGCGUGGAGGCAGCUCCUCCCGAGAUUCCACGCCAUCACGCUCUUCUCAGAAGGUAGGAAGACCGUCCCAGCUUCCACGCACAACGUCUCCAGGCAAUGCCUCCAAAGCCACCAAACAGAGCGUGGUGGCCGCAAGGGGCGGGGCCAGCAUCCCACAGAGCGAUUCCGCUUCCAGGGUCAGCGGUGCCACGGUGGCCAAGAAGCAGAAGGCGGAGCCUGAAAAACCCACGCUCGUCCGUCAGUCAACCUUUAUCAAGGAGGCACCAAGCCCCACCCUCAAGAGGAAGCUGGAAGAAUCGGCAACAGCGCCACCUGUUGAGUCCCCGUCUAGUCCGCCGCCCACGUCCAGGAGGCCAGACACCACCCGCUCCCACUCAGAAAGUCCGUCACGCCCUCAUGAUGCCACAUCGUCACGUUUCAGUCGCACAGGCACCUGGAAGCGCGAGGGCGGCACCGCAAAUGUUGGCAAACAUUCCACCUCGUUGCCACGCGUGGGGACGUGGAAGCGCACAGGAAGCUCAUCCUCUGUGCUCUCCGCCUCCUCGGAGUCCAGUGAGAAGGGGCGGAGCGAGGAGGAGGCCAGCGUGAGGUCCAAGGGAACAUGGCGGAGGGCCAAAAGCGCCGGGGGUGACGCCAUCAACAGUGCCAACAAUUCAGAGGAAGUGUGGGUGCGUCUUGAAGACUGUCCCGUCAACAACCCGCGAUCUUCCUCCUCAUGCUCAGCUCGCUCUCCCACCACCACCAACGCCCCACCCGUCAUCCACAGCCCCGGCCCCUCUAAAAUUCCCUCAUCCUCCUCGUCUUCCUCCUCCAAUCUCAACUUGCGUCAGAGCUGCGAGAGCCUGGAUGACAAGCCUCCGCCCGAACGCCAGCAGCAGCAGCAGCGAGGUCAGCAGCGCAGUGGCGCCGUGGCGGCCAGAGUCAGCCCCUUCAACUACACGCCAAGCCCCAGGAAGGGCGGCAACCCUGACGUCGCCGUGACGGCUGCCGCCGCCGCCACAUCGUCCACUGCCGGCUCGUCCACAAGGCCCUCGCUCAUCCCCACCCCCGUCACCAAGAAACGGGAACCCAAAGGGGGGGGUGAAAGCGGAGGCGGCAGUGGUGAGCGCGGUUCGUACAUCGUGACGUCAGUAUGACUGUAUUUAAGCUAGCCCCGCCCCCUUUCAGCCAACUACCACUGUAAUGUGUAGCGCUUAGCUCCACCCUUAUCCACUUCAUGCAUGGCCCUGCCACCCCCCCCCCCCCCCCCAAGCUCAUUCUGGACUCUGGCUACUGCUUUUUUUUCCACACCUAACUUAUUAAUUUAAAUGUAAACCUUCAUUUCCACUGUCAACACGUAUGGAAGAAUAAAGUCAACAUUUUAGCUGAAAACGCCCACCUGCCUCAUUUACAUUCCGCUAUGCAUUCUGGGAUACGCCUGUUGGGACUGGAUCAGCUCGCUGCUAGCAGUUAGCCACUAGCAGCUAGCUUGUGUCCAGUCAGAAGGACUCAAAUGCUAUCAAUCAACUUUAACUGUUCACCCGGGCUGGGCGAUACAUAUAGGUUAUUACAUGGUUUGUCUGGUAUCAGGCCCAGUAUCAUGCCCCCCCCAGUGCUAGUAUCUUCGGUCUCAGCUGAUACUGGCACUUGGGGGCCUGAUACCAGACAAACCAUGUGAUAACCUGUAAUUAUCACAUACUAAAGCAUUAAUUGGCCCUAUACCCUAGAAACCCCCCAUGAAUGACACGGAAAAGGCCAAAAUGAUACCGUGUCAAAGCACAGGGCAGUGAUACUGAUCAAAUAUAGAGUCCCGUGAAACAACCAAUCAGAGAACAGCACACUGGCGUGUACACAUCCUUUGUUUUGCUGCCGUCUGCUGUCUGCUGGGGGUUGACAAUAGGCGAAAGACAAAUAAGGAAAAUAGCAAACAGAAUAUUAGAAAUGGAACGUUUUGUCACCAUUAAUGAGGAGGACACUCUUGAAAUGAUGGAAAAAAAACUCCAAAUGCUAAUACAAGUCGGAAAACCGACGGUGACCUAAAUCUCUUUCUGAAUGACUCAAGUUCAAGAACGAAGGAAGACUGGUAGAAAGCACUCCCCACCUGAGUUAGACAAAUAUGUGUAUGUUCAUCUUAUCUAUCAGAAAGGAACAUGGGGAUGAACAUUAAUAUGCUGCUCCAGUAGCCAAAAAAACAAAACUUCAUUAAUAGAACUUUAAUUGGAAGACAUAUUGAUAAGACUGUUGAUGAAUUGUUGAAAUAUUGUUGACAUGAUUGUGUUUACACUGUUUACAUAUACAUGUAAUACAUGUAAUAAACGGAAAGAUUUAUUGAAAUAAAAUGGAUGUGGUGCCAAUACAGGGCAAUAUUGCUGAUGAUACUUGAAUUGUUUAA